AUGUCCUCAGGACAGGAUCGCGGCCGACUGCUUGGAUCUGGUGCUGGAGCCAAGCGUAAAGCUGAAGAGGAUUAUUCCGACAACGCGUACACCAAGAAGUCUCGUCAGCGCAUCGAUAAGAUGACUAAGAAGCAGAAGGCACUUGAUCGCUCGAAGAAGUCGAUCAACCAGCAGAAAUCCCGCAAGCUUAAAGCCUUGAGGGCUAAAAGCUCCUACAUCAGUGCGUCUGCUGAUGAGCGCGCGGCCCUUGAGGCUAGGGAAAUCCAGCAAGUUGAUAUACGAUACUCCUAUAAUAUCGUCGAUGACGAUGAAGACAAGGCUUGGGAGGAUAUCCCUUUGAAUGAGAUUGAUGAGGCUACCCAGGAAAACCUGGAUGGAGUUGAGGGCAUGCUCAACUUUGACGUUGACCUUGAUAACCAGUUGCCGACUAUUAAUGUUGCUAAGCAGUCGAAUACGAUUAUCGACAAGAUGAUCUAG